AUGGCGGCCGUCAUUCCCGAGAAGAAUGCCGACAUCAACGAGCUUGAGCGUGCCGAUACUACGCUGACAUCUGAUACUGAGAAGGCCAACAAUGCUGCCAUUGACGCAUUCACACCUGAGGAGCAGAAGAAGAUCGUUCACCGCAUUGACAGGCGACUGGUGCUCACCUUGGGCUUUAUGUAUUGUGUCUCUCUGAUGGAUCGAACCAAUACCGGUAUCGCCGUCAUUGCCGGUAUGGCUGUUGAUCUCCGUCUUAUCGGAGAUCGUUACUCCAUUAUUGUACUCCUCUUCUUCAUUACCUACGUCUUGCUCCAACCUCCAGCGACGGUCGUCCUCCGCAAACUCGGUCCUCGCAAAUUCCUGCCAACCAUCACUGUACUAUGGGGCAUUACUAUGAUGUGCGGUGGCUUUAUCAAGACAUGGACCGACAUGAUCGCUAUUCGACUGAUUCUGGGUGUCUUCGAGGCGGGCUUUUUCCCGGGCUGUGCUUACCUGCUCUCUUGUUGGUAUCCCCGCUACGACCUCCAGAAGCGAAACGCGGUCUUCUACCUGAUCGGUUCGAUGGCAUCUGCUUUUGCCGGAAUUCUCGCCUAUGGCUUCUCCCAACUGAAAAACCACGGAUCCGGACCAAGGUGGUGGGGACAGCACUACGGCCCUACAGAGGCAAACCCGGAUCUUGCACCAGGUAUUCUUCCUGGCAUUGCCGGUUGGCGAUGGAUCUUCAUCCUCCAAGGCGUCGUCACUGUCAUUGUGGGUCUUGGUGGCUAUGUUUUCAUCGUGGACUUCCCGGAAAAAGCCACCCGCACGUUUGGCCUGAAGUUUUUGAACCAGAAGGAGGUCGACUUUGUGGUUGCCCGUAUUGAAAAAGACCGACACGACGCAAUUCCGGAAGAGUUCAAUAUCUGGAAGUACCUCAAGGGCGGCCUUGACCUGAAAGUCUGGGGGUUUGCGUGCUUGUUCGGUCUGACAACCACCAACACCUACGCCAUCGCCUAUUUCCUGCCUCAAAUUCUCAACGAGGGCAUGGGUUUCGGUGUGGCGGCUUCCCAGUGUCUCAUUGCACCACCCUACGUGCUAGCCGCAAUUCUCAUGUACGGCGUCGCAGUCUUGGGAGAUAGAUGGCAUCUCCGGUCCCCCUUUGUCCUUAUCAACGGAGUCCUACUCCUAAUCGGCCUUCCUCUUCUCGGAUACCUGGACAACGUCGGUGUCCGCUACUUCGGCGUCUUCGUCGCCGUUUCCGCCUGUAACGCGAAUGUGCCCGCGGUCUUGACGUGGCAGGCCAAUAACAUCCGAGGCCAGUGGAAGAGAGCCCUCUGUUCAGCCACCCUGGUCGGUUUCGGAGGUAUUGGAGGCAUCAUUGGAGGCACCGUCUUCCGCUCCCAAGACGCCCCUGGGUACCAUCCAGGUAUCCUCACCUGCAUGCUGUCCAGUGCCUUGAUCAUCCUCAUCACCCUGGCCAUGGAUUUCAAGUUCUGGCGUGCAAACAAGCGGGCUAGGGCUGGUGGCAAGCCCAUCGAGGGCCUCGAGGGAUUCUAUUACACCUAUUAA